AGAUGAGUCCAAGACAUACUAGAAACAUCAACGUUCCAAGUAACACAUAUCCAAAAUGAAAUUCCUGGUUGUUGCCGUUGCCCUUUUGGCUGUUGCCCACGCCGAUGUGUCCCACCUGUCGGGCUACAACUACGCUCCCGUGAGCAUCCCUGCCCCAGCUCCAGUCCCCAUCAAGGUGGCCCCAGCCCCAGCUCCAGUUCCAGUGCCCGUAAACACCUACAUUCCCCCUGCACCCGCACCAGCUCCCAUCCAGAUUGAGGUUCCUGCCCCAGCUCCAGCUCCAGUUGUCAUCCCAGCUCCUGCUCCCAUCAAGGUUGCUCCCGCUCCAGCUCCAGUGAACACCUACAUUCCCCCAGCACCAGUCAGCAUCCCUGCCCCAGCUCCCGUUCCAGUUGUCAUCCCAGCUCCUGCUCCCAUCAAGGUUGCCCCAGCUCCCGCUCCCGUCAACACCUACAUUCCCCCACCCGUGAGCAUCCCAGCCCCAGCUCCCGCUCCAGUCUUCGUGCCCGCUCCCAUCAAGGUUGCCCCUGCUCCCGUUGCUGCUCCCGUUCCCGUCCUGGCCCCCCAUCCCGUCCUGGAGGAGAUCGAGCCCGUGUCCGCUGAUGGCUACCGUUACAAGACCGUCCGCCGUGUGGUCCGUCGCCGUUACUAGAGAGCUACUACUCCAUCGCUAAUCUCAGCAAGGGAGAAGUUUUUCGAAUAAAAAAAAAAUAAAAUU